UUGCACAGCAACGGCAGUCAGCAGCGUAGUAAACGCCUCUCACAGCUGAGCUCUCCUGUACCGAGUCUCAGCUCACUCUCCUGUGGAGGUGGUUGAAGCUGAUAUACAUUUGCCGCGUGAGAAAACACUGUGUUUGAGCUUCUCUUCUGGGUGUGUGUGGUGCUACCCGAGCUGCUAGCUAACUGCACGCUCUAACCUGCUCGAGUUUCUCUGUGCCAGCUGUCGCUGCAAAAUGGCUCACGAGAGAAAAUUUCCUCUUGCUCGCAUAACAAGACAGCCCGAACCGUCUCAGUCAAUCAGCAGGCGGGCUGGAGAAACCGCACCUCCCUCCUCCCCCAACUUCAGUCCCCUGCGUCCCUACUCCACCCCCUCCCCCACCUCCCCGUCGUCACGUUUCUCCCCAGCUGCCAUGACCUCACGUGUCCCCAAUGCCGACCCCAUCCGGAAACCCUCCGCCCUCCUCAAGAGGCCGCCGACUCAGAGCUCCUCUCGCUUCAGACAGAAGAAAGUCCCUCUCGACUACAAACCACUGCCCCUGCUCAAAGAUGCCUCGCCGUCAGAGAAGUCCAACCUUCUCCUGAGGAAGAUAGAGCAGUGCUGCUUCAUUUUUGACUUUGCGGACCCCAUGAGUGACCUGCGGGCCAAGGAGGUGAAGCGAGCAGCUCUCACUGAGAUUCUGGACCACAUCACAAUGGUCUCCGGGGCCCUCAUUGCACCGGUCUACCCUGCUCUCAUUCAAAUGGCCUCUCAGAACAUGUUCAGAAGCCUCCCUCCUCCAGUUGUCACUGUGGAAUUUGACCCAGAGGAAGACGAACCUCCCUGUGAGGCCUCAUGGCCCCACCUUGAGCUGGUGUACGCAGUAUUCCUGAGGUUGCUGGAGAGCUCAGAGCUGAACGUGCCUCUGGCCAAGAGACACAUCAAUCAGGCCUUUGUGGUCCAGCUACUGGAGCUGUUUGACUCGGAGGACCGACGGGAGAGAGACUUUCUCAAGACCAUUUUCCACCGCAUCUACGGCAAGUUCCUGGGCCUCCGCUCCCACAUCAGGAGACACGUCAACAACGUAUUCUUCAGAUACUCUCAUUUUGUACUUGAUGAGUGGGUGGAGUCUUUGCACAGGAAUAGCAUCUGUCAUAGUUCAUAUAUGAGACUGAGAAGUUUAAUGGAAUUGGAGAACUGCUGGAGAUCUGGAAGUAUUGUCAAUGGGUUUGCCCUGCCACUGAAAGAUGAGCACAAGAUGUUCCUGACGAAGGUGCUCAUCCCACUCCACAAGGCCCAGCCACUGGGACAGUACCAGGCACAGCUGGCCUACUCCGUUGUCCAGUUCCUCGAGAAAGAUCCGUCCCUCACUGAACCUGUGAUGAUGGGACUACUGCGGCUUUGGCCAAAGACCAACAGCACUAAAGAGGUGAUGUUGCUGGGAGAGCUGGAGGAGAUACUGGACAUCAUGGAGCCGGCCCAGUUUGUGAAUAUCCAGGAACCUCUCUGUAGACAGCUGGCCAAGUGUGUCUCCAGCCCCCACUUCCAGGUAGCAGAGAGGGCCCUGUACUACUGGAACAAUGAAAACGUUUUGCAUCUCUUUGAGAAGAACGCUGGGGUCGUGAUGCCCAUUCUGUUUGAUUCUCUCUAUCGCAUCUCCAAGGAACACUGGAACAAGAAUAUCGUCGCUCUCGUGUAUAAUGUCCUAAAGGCCAUGAUGCAGAUGGAUAGCACGCUGUACGAUGAACUCUCACACGCCUACAAGACAGAAGGCCAGAGUCCUUUCGAGCCGAGCUCCAGCUUCCCCAAGAACGUGUGCUGGCUGGAGGUCCAAGAACCGUGUUCCCUGCGGCGUGUUCUCAGCUGUGAACUGCCGGUGGAGACCAGGAGGAGGUGUGGAGCUACGGAGAAGCUCUGCAGCAAUUUUCUGGGUCGGGUCGAAGACAGCACUUUCGAUCCUGACGCAUAGCUACACACACAUACCGACAUUCAUUUUUGGAGGUGCCCGCAGAGUCCUCAGAGCCGGCGCGUGGGAUGCUCAGCGGGAUGGCUCGGCGAGCUGCCAAGAGUGGACCAGCGGCUGGCCAAGACGAGCUGGGAAGCAGCUCCAGCAACGCCGCUCGAGAAGAGAAAGACGCGGAGCAGCAAGCGGGCGACGGGGAAACCGGUGCCGACUCGCGAGCGGCGCCCGUUGCGAAGGUCCCAGGGGGCAGACAGUGGAGCGGCGGACCCAGGAAGUCGUCGGGAGCCGCUGACGGCGAGAGAGACGCGAGCGAGACGCGAGAAGAUAAAGCAGCCGUCACAAGCUCUGCUAAUAGGCCAAGCAGUGAGGGAGACGGAGGAGACGAAGUGAUGGAAACCGAGGCUGUCACUCAGUUGGACGGGGCAGACAAGGCGGGGAAACGAGACAAGAAGGAGGCCUCUGCAGGUGUGAAGAGAGGGCGUGGUGCCACGUAUGGAGCUCCGCCCACUAAAGCCAUGCAACUGAGCAGUGGGGAGAGAGUGGCUACGGCCUCUGGCGGCGAGAAGGAAGACGAGGAGGAAGAGGGGGCAGAGGAGGGGGAGGGAGGGGAAGAGAGUGAGGGAAACAAGAGGGAGAAGUCCACCGGGAAACAACCGAAUCGGAAAAUCUCCACGCAGCGUCCACGAACCCGGUCAUUGUCAAAUUCCGACAGCCCCCUGGCACCCGGUGUGACCACACCCACCAAGACCAGUCCCAUGACGAGGUCUCACUCGGCGGUGAAGAAGGACGUGGAGUUUGUGAGUCUUCCGAGCAUCAAGAAGAGGAAGAAAGGGGGCGGGGGACGCUGGCCGAAACGAGAGACACCUUCUCCCUCGCCCAGCCAGGAAUCGAGCAAGGCAGAGACACCAGUCAAGCAAUCGGCGUCGAAAUCCGAUUCUCUGAACAAGUCUGCCGACAGCAAGAAAGCUACUACUGCUGCCCAGGAGUCUGCGACGGAGGAAGGAGAGGGAGAAGGAGAGGAGACUGACGAAGCUCCUCCCCAGCCGACGGCGCCGCCAAAACGUCGCAGAGGACGACCGCCAAAGAAGAAAGACUCGAUGACACCAACCUCGUCUGGCAAGGGAAAAGGAGGAGCUUGGGGUUCUGGCGGUGGCAGUGGUGGUGGUGGUGGAGGUAAGGGGAAGGGGAAAGGAAGGUCGCUCUCUGGAGACUCUGCCGAGAGCGAAAAGAAAGGUGGAGGAAAAUCAAAGGGAGAGGGUUCGUCAUCAAAAGAGAAACACUCCUCAGAUGGCACUGGGAGUUCGGGAAAGAAAUCUGGUGCAGCGAAGGAGGCUGAGGAGAGAGGAGAGAACUUAGACGCAGAGACACCGCUCCCGGCCCCCGGCAGCAAGAGUCAGGGGGACUCAGCCUCGUCUGCACCGACCACAACGGAGAGGAAGAAGAAGAAGAAGGAGAGGAGGGCGUCCGGGGAGGACGGGAAGCUAGCCGAGGGGAAGGGAGGGAGAGGAGAAAAAGCCAGCCGAAAGGCCAGUGCAGCGAGUCUCGAGGAAGUGGUGUCUGAGACAAAGGGCGAGAGUCCAACUGGAAGAGAGGGGAGUGGCUCAGCUAUGGAGGAGGAUGCUCGUGGUGGUGGGGGAGGGAAGCAAGGAGGGGGGUCUAGGGGGUCCGUUUUUGUCAGCGUUCUCAGCGGACCCGCAGGGGGAACGGGGAGAAACGAGGCAGGCCCGAAAACCAACGACAGGGAGGAAGAGGUCGAGGUGGUGUCACAUGACUCGGGGCAGCAGUCACAUGAUCUUAGAAACACUCCCGAGGAGUUGGUUCAGAAACCUCUGAUGGUCCAGAGCACGUGUUCGCCAACUCUUCCAUACCCAGCAACAACAAUCCCUCACUUUGCCCCCCACGCCGCCUACCCUUACCCCGGUCCUUACGCUCCUCCCCUCAUGUUUCCGGGCCCCUCAAACCCAAUGUACCCUCAUUACUACCCCAGUUACCCCCCUCUCCCUCCUCCUCUGCCCACGGUCUCGUCUCAACCGAUGCCCGGUUCCUUCAUCCCUCCCUGUCCAACCGAGCAGCUCACCUCCCCUUUCCCUGUCUCCACCGCUGCAAUCGGAGGAGUCCAUGUGUCAGUGCUCGACAAGCAACAGGCCCAGCUCCACACUACGCUCUCCCCUCACUCCCCACACUCACCUCACUCCCCACACCCCAUUUACUCACACCCUCAGCCUCACUCCACACACACUGUCGCGAUGGAGUUGGCGCGGCACUACCCCUCUCCCCACCCUCUCAGUCAGACCUACCGACCGGUCCUCCCCGGGCCCGGAGCCGCCCCUACCUGCCUCCCCACAGUCCCUACAUCUCUGUCAGAAUUGACCACACAGGGAUGCCCUUCGUCGACUGGGGAAUGCCUCACUCCCACCUCCCUCCCCACCAUCACAAGAUGGACGACAUGAACAAGAAUCCCGGGAAACUCGAGCCAAAACAGGAAGAAGUCCCAGUCCAGUCAGUGGAAUGUCCGGAAUGUGGCCGGUCGUUCAAGAACAACAAGGCUCUAAAUGGACACAUGAGGCUCCAUGGGGGCUUUGACUGGACCAAGAAGCCGUUUACUGCCAACCAAAACCAGAGCAGCUCAACCUCGGCUGACGCUCAGACCGAUGGUGCUGGCAACAAGCCACACCCACCCAACGAGGCCAACUCGACCAAGAAAUCCUCUGGGAAGAAGCACAGCAACUCUUCGUCUCCCUCUCCCUCCGGGAAGAAGAAGAGGCGUCCGUCGCGGGACUCCAAUGAAAAUGAUGGCAGCGAGAAGAAGUCUGGAGAACCGUCCAUCUUCACCUUUGACACCUCCCAGCUCCACCCCUCUCAACAUGUCAUGCCUCCCCCGCCCGUCCUGGGCGGAGCCACGCAGGAUGCGGGGACAAUGACCGGAGCAGUGGGCGGGGCUCAGGAGGGAAAUGUGGGGGUCUCGGGCGGAGGUCGAGUGGGGUCAAAGGGCGCGACACUCGACGACUUGUGUCGGGCGGUCGAGGCCCUGGAGAAGAUGGAGAACGGAGGAGGAGGGGGCGGGGCCAGGAGGGAGGAGGACGAGGACAAGCGUCGCCCUGGCAACAUCCACAUCCCCGCCCACACGAGUCCAUCGCUGGAGCGACACAGACUUGGCUCGAGUCCUCCGUACACCCCUCCCCCGAUCCUCAGUCCUGCUCGAUCCAUGGCCAUGCUGGCUACUGUUCCAGGGACCCCAAGUAGGAUCCUUCAGCCGUGGAGCGCGAGGAGAAGCAGCGAUCACAGGAAGUCCUCGGAGAUGGAUCAGGAAGGGGUGGCGUACCUUGAGCCCAAGAUCAACAUUGGGAGACAGUUUCAGGCCGUCCUCCCUCCCUGCUGCCAGGGUGGGUCCCUGGGUAUUGGCAGUAGAGACCUCAUCCUAGCUGUAAUAGAUCAAAGACUCUAGUGCCUGUAUUGCCAACAUUGUGGUUCACUUUGAAGUGUAGUCCAGAGGUGUGGAUGAGAGCUUCACAAGAUGGCACUUUGUCCAGAGUCUCCUAAAACACUUUCUGCUGCUCUCUGCUGCAGUAUUCCCCCUCCCCUAACAACGUGUCAAAUCUUGCACUGUCCUGACACGUCUCCCCUACCCCUCCCUCCUCUUACCCCUAACCCAUCUCUCAUUGCUCCCUUAAAACUGCCUUAAAUUAUUGCAGUCAGUGCUUACAUAAAACCUUGCCCCUCCACUCCUAUACCAUUCCUUUACACCUGUACUUCGAUGCUACAUAAUCCCCUCUCUCCACUUCCUCACAUUUGCUUCAAUGUUCAAUGCUUACACAUAAACCAUUACUUGCCUCUAUCCCCCUCUCUUCCCUCACCCCCCGCAGCCAACGGAGACCACCAACCAGCCUCCCAGGACCCCCACAAGGCCCAGCAGGUCUGGAAACCUCUCUCCCAGCCUCUGGAAGAGGACGAGAGCGUCAUAGACGGAUUCCUGGAGCUGGCCUGCUCCCCCGCCAUGCUCCACGCCGGCCGAAACAAGGAGUACGCCCUCCACAUCCUCCAUAACACUGGAGGAUCCAUCAAGGAGGCUAUUCGUUUGCUGCUGACGGGGAAGUUGGUGUGCCCUCCUGACCACCCCAUGGCCACCUACCACUACAGUGGCAGCAGACAAUGGUCGGCCAGGGAGAGACAGCAGUUCCGCAGGGCCUGGAGAGUCCACCGCAAACAGUUCCACCUUCUCAAGAGCGCCGUGGAGGGAAAGACACUGCCAGAGGUGACUGAAUACUACUACUAUUGGAAGAAGUACUGCAGUGACGAGUACAGGGGAAGAAACAGACACGUCAGCGAAGAGAUCAUGUCAGACGAGGACCUCAACUUUCCUCGCAGCCACUCCUCGUAUGCAUCCUCCUCCUCCUCCAGCGAGGCGGAGCCUUCCUCUCUGGUCCCGCCCCACCACGCCCUCCCCAAAGCCGACCAUAACACCGACAAACAUCAGAGGAAGCCUUACGGUGAUUCUGGAGCAAUGCCACGCCCACCAAUGGCUCCGCACUUUGACCUCCCCAUCGUCUACGCCCCUCACUCCUCGAAGCCGUCUUACGGUACUCCGGUGCAGCAGUACAAGUGCAAAUACCCCGGCUGUACUCAGGUGUUCACGUCAAUAUUUGCUCUCAAUGGUCACAUCAGGAUCCACGGAGGAAGCUUCUACCCAAAGGCAGACAAGAAGGAAGUCCGAUCGUCCUCCCCCUCCAUGCCCUCCUCCUCCUCGGCACCCCCCAGCGUCCUCCCCUCCUCACACCCUCACCACCACCACCAUCACUCUUCCCUCCCCCCAGCCGUACGGGCCGGCUCCAACGGCCCUAUCAAACACGGCCGUCCUCCCUCCUCCUCUGAAAUGAGGAGUGCCCAGCAUCUGGAGAUAGCGCGUGCCCUCCUGGACCUCCCCCAGCCACGGAGUCCCGCGAGGGGCGGGGCGGCCUACCACACCCCCUCCCCGAAACCCUCUCCAGGGAACAAACGCUCGCCGCUGGGGAAGAAGAAGAUGUCCAGCUCGAGUCCCGGAGAACACGAGGGGUACUACCCCUGUAAUCGCUGUGGCAGGGUUUUCACAAAAGUGAAAAGUCGGAGUGCCCACAUGAAGUCACACAUAAUGAAGCCGAGCUAGGCCUAUCAAGAACCAUGAGAGAGAGAGAGACAAGAGACACACACACCUCUUUCAUUCACUACCUUCUUUCAUCACACAAACAACCCCCACCCCCAUGUUACACUGUCCACCCACCUCUUACUACUGCUACCGUUGUUCUAAAUCGUCCAGUUUCUUCCCCCUUCACCCCUUCAUCGACAACUGUUAUAUUUUGUAUAGAAAAAAUUAUCGUGCUAUGCUUUUAUUUCUCAAGAUAAUAUAACUGGAGUUUUUUUACAGAGAAAAGCUCUUAUGUCUGUUGUUAAAGUGUACAUAGUUCACGGCACAAGUUCACAAGAUUUUUGCACUUAUUCAUCCAUUCACCAACUGAUUCACGAUCUUCUCAUCACAGUUAUCACAUUUUUAAAGAUUGAUUUUGCUGUACUCGUGCAAAAAAAACAUUGAAUAUCCCUGGAGUGAGAUAGGUGGAAUUACGCCAGGCAGGAGGAAGAUAGGGGGAGAAGACAAAAUGUGGGGAUGUGACAUGGGGAAAUAUGGGAGCAUUUUAAUUUAGGAGGGAACACUCAUACAUUAUUGCCUUCCCUUUAAUUUCUCCUCUAUUUUUUAUUUCCAGAAACAAUGGGCAACUUCCUUAAUUGUGUGAAGAUUCGAUAGCAGUAUGUGGUAUUGAUGGUGUGUGUGUGUGCAUAGGGUCGAGUAUGAGUUUUGGCUAUCUCUUGGUGUCUUUGAAUAUCUGCCAGUGAGGCCCCUCUUCCUUCAUCUUCCCCGUGGCCAGCAGAUAUCGCUGUUCCUCUGUCUUCUCCUUCGCCCUCCUUCCCGCCUCUCUCUGCUCUCGCCGCUGCUUACGGUACUCCGCCACCAUCUGCGGCAUCCGACGCAUGUUCUCUUCUAUGAGCACCUUCCGUUGCUCCCUUUCGCGCUCCUUGCGGCUCAACUUGAAAGGUUUGUCUGCCCCUCUGUCCCGCAGUGGCUUGGCCGGCCAUUCCACGCCGCCCUCGGCCAAAAAUGCACGGCGCGCGGCCGCUAAUUCUCUCCCGCUGACCAGCGGCUUCUUCCACACGCCGCCGACAUAUCUCGGCCGCGCUAACUGCUGGACUCUAGUCACAAGCUCGGCAGCCGUCCGCUGUCCUGCCAUCUCUAAUACACGCCCACCAUACGGGU